GCUCAGCAAGGGGUUCGUCCUUCUCUGUCACUGUCUUUUGCCUGUUGUAAUUCUGUCUGCCUCUCGAUGACUCUGCCUGUCUCACUCUUUCUGUUUGUGCCUCUCCUCACUCUUGUUCUUUCUGCCUGAAUCACAGUCCCUUGGUCUUCUGCCUCUUGCAUUUGUCUUUGUUGUGCUUUCUUUUUGCCGUUACACCAUCCCCUCUCCCAGUGCCUUCCCUCCACUUCUGGGAGGCUUAAUUGCUCAGGCACGGAAAUGGAAGCUAAGGGCUUCUCCUGGCUUCCCUCUUCAUUUUAUUGAGGCUGCCAGUCAGGAGGGCUGUGGGUCCUGUAGCUGCGGGUGGCUUACAGCCAAAGGCGGGCGGAGCCCACAGGGCGGGAUUGGCCCUAGGUCCACCUCAUAAAGCCUAGGGCGAGGGGCGUGAGACGUUCUGAAAGUGCCCUGGAGAGUCUGUUUGAUCCGACAGACCCCACAGGCUUAGUUGGGGUUCUGCAGUGUCAUGCCCCGGAGCCUCCAGACCGUGUGGAGCUGGGCGCUGUUGCUGCGGCUGCUGGCAUUGCUGCGGCCGCCAGGGCUGGGCGAGGCGUGCAGCUGCGCCCCCUCGCACCCCCAGCAGCAUGUCUGCCACUCCGCGCUUGUGAUCCGGGCCAAGAUCUCCAGUGAGAAGGUAAUUCCUGCCAGUGCAGAUCCUGCUGACACUCAAAAAAUGAUCCGGUAUGAAAUCAAACAGAUAAAGAUGUUUAAAGGGUUUGAGAAAGUCAAGGAUAUCCAGUAUAUCUAUACACCUUUUGAUUCCUCCCUCUGUGGUGUGAAACUAGAAGCAAACAGCCAGAAGCAGUAUCUCUUGACUGGUCAGGUCCUCAGUGAUGGAAAAGUCUUCAUCCAUCUGUGCAACUACAUUGAGCCCUGGGAGAAUCUAUCCUUUUUGCAAAAAGAAAGUCUGAAUCACCACUACCAUCUGAACUGUGGCUGCCAAGUCACCACCUGCUAUACAGUGCCCUGUACCAUCUCAGCCCCCAACGAGUGCCUCUGGACAGACUGGCUGCUGGAACGGAAACUCUAUGGGUACCAGGCCCGGCAUUAUGUCUGCAUGAAGCAUGUUGAUGGCACCUGCAGCUGGUACCAGGGACGCCUGCCCCUCAGGAAGGAGUUUCUUGACAUAAUCCAGCCCUAGUAAAGAACAAUGACCACCACAUUCCUUCAGGAGUUCUGAAGAACAAGCCAGUUCUUCCUCUCUACAAAGCUCUGGCUAUCACCACUUGCCUCAUUGCUGCCAGCCAAGGGGAAGUACCAAGUGGACAGUCUGGCUAGUGUUAGAACAGGGCUAGGGUAUGUUACAGCUUGUGCCUGAAACCCCAGCCCAAACAUGUCAAAGGCUAGGGAAAGUAUCCUGCCCUCAGCCCUUCUUUCCUGCCUCCCAAACCUUUUUCUUCUAGCCAAUACCUGUUACUGAAAGUUUUGAUUCUGGAUUAGAAUCAAAAUAGUUCUGGCCAGAAAUAUUCCCUUUUCUCUCUAGGAAAAUGUAUUUUCUCUUACCUUAAUUGAUCUAAUAGUGAAGAAAUGGUGAAUGCUAUUCAUAUGAGAUAGUGUAGCUAUCUGAUGUACAACACCAGAAGACAGGUUGACAGUAUCAUAAACAGGCUGAUUUGGAAGAAUGAAAAGACCAGCAUAGUAUGGCUGUGUAUCCUCUACUCCAAUCUCAGCUCAUCUUGAUCCUCUCUUACACUUUCAUUUGUUUGGGGAAGUGACUUACAAGGGCAUAGAAUCACUCAAUAUGAGACCUACAAUGGCCUAACCUCCCACUACACGCUGUAAUCUCCUCUGUCCCAUUCCUGGCAGAGGGUCUGGCCCCCUAGCACACCUCUUUGGAUAAGAAUAGACUUAGGUAUUAUCUCUGCAGGUUAACUACCAUUAAUACCUUCACCUGAUGUCCAUAAGUCUUCUUUUAUGUUUCUUUUAGAAAGUCCUUCUCUACUAGAUUACUAAUGUCUUCAUUCCUACUUCAAAACUUUUUUUUUAAGCCAGAAAAGCCUAGAGUUGAAAUUCUCCUUUAGAUUUUAACACAUCAGAGAGAUCUCAGGAGGUCUUCUUUGGAGGGCAAAUUUCAGGAUAGAGAACAAGAGAGAAAUAACACAAGGGCUCUUGGGGGAAAAGGAUGGUAGAUUAGACAAUAUACUUUGCAAUUUUUUCAAAAAAAAUUUUGUGGUUAGCCCUGCUAAAUAUUACAGCAAGAAAAAUCCAGCUUUGCUCCCCAUCCUUCCUUCAACUCAGUCCCCCUACCACUGUGUAUUGGACUCCCUGAGAACUCCAAGCAUAGAUCUCUUAAGCCCUGAUGUUGGUCUCAAGGAUUUAUUAAGGACAAGAGCUUAAAGUUCCAGAGCCUCUCCCUGGGAAGCUCUACCUCUAAGGAGGUAGUUCUAUUCAAGGCUCAAGGUUGUUGUUAUUUGUUUUCUAUACGUUGUUUGAUGAGAAGCAAGGCCAUGCACAAUAUGCCAGAAGAAGGCUCUUGAUUCACAGAAAUGGUACAAAUGUAGUUCCUUUUUGAGAAGGGAGUAGAGGGUAACAAACAUAAUCUCUGUCCCAGAGUACAACUAGAAUGCUAUGGCAGAGAGUCUCCAUUGGUGAGUUAAGCAUGAUCACCAACUGACCAUGCAGGCCUGGGGCAGAGAGUGUGGAGAUAGAGGGGAAGAAGAGGGAGCGAGCUCCAGGUCUCCAUGGAGGAAAAACCAAUCAACCAUGCCAUCUCUCUGCCCCUUCUGAUAUCCUAGGAUGGCCUCAGAGAAGGCAUAAUGUUAACCCAGUCUUCUCACAAUCUUGACAAAGCCAAGGGAAUGAAAGGCCUUGGUAAUAAUAGCAGGAAUAACACCUGACAUCUGAGGGAUGCUUCACAUUUUCCCAGAAGGCUAUUACUUAAAUUUUGUACCAAAUUCAAGAUCCUGGUUAGGAACAAUUAUGCCCAUUUGACUUUCCAGUUGGGAAAGUGACACAAAGUGAGUAAAUUUAACUAGUCCAAUGACAUGUGGCAGGGCCAGGGCUAGAAUCCAAAGAGUGGGAUCUUUUGAUUACUGACCCAUAGGUUUGUUAUUUUCUCAGCUUGAUAAAAUGGCUUGUUUCUGCUCUUCCCUAUUCUGUCUCCAGAUUUUAGAGACAAGGGACUAUAAGCUAAAAUACAGCCACUCUGGCCUCACAAAGCAGGUCUGCAGUUCAGCUCCAACUGGGGUUAAGAUACUAAAACCCUCUUCAGAGCCCCACAGUUAUAAUGUGAAUAAGUUCAGAGUGGAAAUAACAGAGACUAAAGUCCCCACCUGAUCACCUACCAUCUCUUUGUGGUUGGGGUAGUAUGUCUGCUCAAUUAGUGGGAACUUUUCUCCUCCCAAUGUCUUGUAGAUGGCCACCAGCUGGGCAAACUGUAAAAGAGAAACAAAUGUUUCAGCUUAUCUAGACAACUUAUAGAACAGACAAAACAGCAAUCUAUCAAAAAAUAUUUAUUGAGCAUUUGCUCUGUUGAGGAAUUUGUGCUCUGAGGAUAUAAAAGAGGUGUACAAUUCCUAUUCUCAAGGAACAUAUUCUUUAACUGAGAAAAUGAGAGAGUGAGCUAACAUUCAUUCAGUACCUACUCAAUUUUAAUGAUAAUUCAUUGAAGCCUCAUAUUAAAAUGAGGAACUGGGUACUUUAUCAUCUUCAUUUUACACAUAACACUCAGAGAGGGUACAAAAGUUGCCUAAAGUCACAGAGCUGCAAAGAGGUGAAGCUGAGAUUGAAAUUUGGUUCUCUAAUUCUAAACACCUGCAUCUCUAGAAAUGGCAAGUGAUGAAGCUGGAUAGGUAACAUGGGCCAAGUUUGGGAAGUUUAAAUGCCAGGCAAAGAAACAGUAUCUUUUCCCUAUAGGUAGUAUGAAAUAAUCAGAGUUUGAGCAGGGGGGUAAUGAAUGAAGCUGUUCUUCAGGAAGAUUUUGAUGGUCCUGGUAUAUAGGAUAGACAGACUCAGUCUUUGUGGGACUUACUACUCAUCUAAGAACUGAACUCAACUAGCCCCUUCACCUAUGAGAAACCAGAACAGCUCCAUGAGGAAGAGGUGAAGUAUGCAUACUUACAGUGUCAGGGUUGAAAGGCCUUUGGCAAAUAUCUAGCAUCCUCUGCUCCCCUCCCCUACAAUUUUAUAAGUGAAGAAGCUGAGACCCAGUCAAAUCAUUUCCCCAAGGUCACAUGGUUGAGCCAGAUUCAUAGUUAGGUCCCUUUAUUCUCAAUUCAUAACUCUUUCUAUUCCUCCAAGUAGCUGCCUUUCAGUCUCUGCAGAAACCAUGCUCUUCACACAGGAAACACAGGUUACUUCCCUACUCAAUCCAUUCACACACACCACACACACCUAUCCCCAGUACACUGGCAGCAGGGGUAAUCCAGCAUCCUUCCUCUAGUGCUACUGGGUUACUUCACAGUCUAAGCCCCAAUUUCUGGAACUGCUAGAAGGAAAAGUUGCCAGAUCAAACCUGCCUUCUAUUUAUCAGAGAAAGGAAAGCUAGAACAUUUUUCCAAAGCUUAGAUCCUGUUCUCUAUAAGGAAUGUUGGCACAUGAGCCUGGGGGGAAAGAGGCUGAAGUAAUAAAAGCUCAGAACUGGGUUAUUAGAAAACUGGAGUCUUCUGAUUCUUGUUCUGCCUCUAACUUGCUAGGUGUCCUUUGGCAAAUGAUUUCUCCUCUCCAGGCCUCCUUUUCUUUAUAUACAAAAUGAGAGAAAUGAACUUGAUCAGUUCCUCAAACUUUUUACCACAAAUAACAUCCUUUAUUAUAUUUCCUCCCAAACUCCAUCAUCAAACUGCAGUUUAAGUGAUCAUCUCUUGUGGUCCUUUUGCGGGAAAAGAGAAUUUUGUUACUGUUUUUGAAAUGCUGGAAAAUGUUGAAAUUUCUGCAUCACUUCCUUAGUGAUUGGUUGGUGACUCUAGAUCUCUAAACAUCCACCAGGACUAAAAGCAUGAUUCACAGACGCGCAAGCCCCUAGGAGGUUAUUACUGAAAGAGACUUUAGAGAGCUCUGGACUAAACAUCUCAUUUUACAGGUGAGGAGACUGAACCUAGAGAAGCGAAGGAAAGCCUUGGCUCCCAGACCAUGCCUGGAAUUGAGGCUACCAGGUCUCUUCUUUCCCACUGCAUUCUUCAUUGCACCUUGCUGUUCUCACCACUCUAUGGUUCUUCAACUGGCUUUGACUAUCCAGACCAUUGCUUCAUACCUUUCCUGUCUCUGAUUCUCUCCACCACCUGAUCUGAUCUUUAAGUCUCAAUCUGGCUAGACUCCUGCUCUGCCUGAGCUCCCAAGGCCCUUCAGCAUCCCCAGCCAGCUCUGCUUAACAACCUCUGUCCUGCUGCAGCCCACGCCCUGGCAAAGCACAAAGGCAUGUGGGUCCCUAUCUUCCCAACAUGUGGGAUAGUUACACAGGCACCACACUGAUGCCAGAAAGGCCCACGGCACACUCCCAGAGUCCUGGGACAGCCAAGACUAAAAUGGUAGCCAGUUCCCAGGCAUUAGCUGGGUCCCUGGUAGCUCACCCUACCCUUCUCAACCUUAUCUCCAGUAGUCCUGUCUGCUCAAGGUACUGGGCUUGGCAUCUAACCCCUGCCUUCUUGGAACCUUAGAUUAAGUCACAAGCACACAGUCACCAAUUAAACAAAUGUAAUAUUCGAUAAGGGUUAUUUCCUCUAUCUAUAGACAAAAGAAUGGAUUUGGGACCUGGGGGUGAUAUUGGCAACAAAUAGGAAGAUAAUGUUCAUUGAAACCACUUAACCAAUGAAUCAGGAAAGACUUUUUGGAAGAAAUGGGACUUCAAGAUCAGUCUGAAUUUAAUAAUUUGCCCUCAUCCCUCCUAGAAAUAAAACACUUAAUUCAACCCUAGUGCAUCUGUCUCUAAAAAACCUAAAAAGUGUGACAGGAAUUUCAGAUAAAUGUGUAGUAAUAUGGUAUGGAGAUGUUCUUGCUUUCUCUGGAAUGCUACUUUCAUUGAUAAGACCACUUCUAUUUCCAAAAUCCAAGUGUGCCUGCCCUGACCAAUUUAUGAGAUAGCAGAUGUAAGGUAGGACGUUUUCCAACCAACUAAGGCCUCACACCAAGGAUACCCACAAUAAAGAAAUUUAAGAAAAUAUGCACCAAAGCCACAUCUUAGAGGGAACCCCUCCCCUCACAGUCACCAAAUUUGUCCACUCCCAUUAACAGGCAGAGGACAAUAUAUAAAAUGCCAUUAGUAUGGUAGCUGCUGAGUAAAAAUGAAGGGAGAACUUGGUGUCUAGCCAGGAAGCCCUGCUGUUCUCAUGCAAUGCCAAAAGCAAUGUGCUGGGAUUGUGAAUGGGUAAGAAUGUGAACCCUCACCAGAUCCUGAUCCCUGGAGGGGCAAAGCCCUAGGCACAGGCUCUCUGAUUCUCCCCUCCCUGGCCUCUGGCACAGUUUUGAAACAUAAAGCAGGGAACCAGCUUUUAUAAGAUACCCCAAAUAGUAGGAGAUUGUAACAACCCAGGCUAGCAAACUGGUGGCAGGUACUACUAUUAUUGCUAGUUGACAAAACAAAAACAAAAAAAACACAUAGCAUAGAGAGAUGUUUAGUCAGAAGGCUGAUUAGUGAAAUCACCCAGAAAAAGCUAAUAAUAGCAGACUCACCCUGUGUGACUAUGAGGGAGCCAAAUUCUAAUAGGUAUUGAAGGGAUGAGGGAAGGACUAGGGCAUAUGUGCAGUAAGGAAGGGCACAUGACUAAGUAGAAAGGAGAGGACCUCAGAAAAGAAGUUUGGUGAAGGCCUCAUAUGUGCUCUUCUGCAAAUAGCAACACACUCAAAGCACACAACUCUUUUAGCCUGUUCCUAUAACACUAGGAUUCCAGAUGCCACAGGCCACACAGAGGGAAAGGCUGAACACGUAGAGGUUGGGAACCCAACCUCCCUCCUCAACCACAACAGCUCCCAGAUCUUUUGACUCCUCAUUCAUUGCUUUUUCUCUUAUACUGUCAGAUUUUGCUGGCUUCCAAGGGAACAGGAAAACUGUGAGUUCAGGUGUGAAAAGAAAAAAAAAAAGAUCAAGAGCAGAGGCAAUGGAUCUAUUUGGUUAAAACAUCCCCUCCAGUUCCCUGAGUGGUGGAGAGGCUUGGGGUUCAGGAACUUCAAAAUCAGCCACCAGUGCCUUGACUCUCGGCAGGCUAGUGUGUGAAAACUGAAAUUUGAUUUUUGAAAAAUAAGAAAAGAAUGUGAUUAGGGGCAGGUAUUUCCUUCUAAGAGGGCCAGCCUGGAGUAGCAGAGUUAUAGGAGCUGGGUUGCCCCAGCUAUCAGAGGGGAGGCCAGAGCACCCCAGUAGCCAUCAUAGGUCACUCUCCCUCCUAGCCUCACUCUUUCUCUCUGCUCAGAAAUUUCCACUGCCUCCUAGAUUUCCAGACUGGCCAAAGAAGAGAACACUAGCUUCUUCCUCACAUGCUAACUUAAUUUAUGUGUAUGGUAGUGCAAUCUAGAGAAAUCCUGGCUCUAUAACUUUGGUAAGUAACUUAAUCUUCUCUGGGUCUCAUUUCUCUAUAAAGAGUGAUAAUAAUGAUAAUAAUAUCUUCCUUGUAAGGUUAUUGUGAGGAUUAAAUAAAAUUAAAAUAGGAAAAUCUCAGAAUUUGGCACCAUAUAGUAAGUGGUUUUACACUCCUUACUUUCCUUUUUUAAUUUUCAUAUAUCUACAUGAAGGGCAGAGAUUUGAUUAUCCCUAAGGGCACUUACAUCUCAUAUAAGUGUCUGAUUCAUAUAUUUAUAGAUAAAUCUGAUUUUGAGGUUGUUAAAACACUUGGUAAGACUGUCACUAACACCCCUUUGAGAUGGACCAUCCUUUUGAUCCCCAUUGGCCUCAGACCUUUCCAAUGGUUAGACCAUUCAAAGGCAGAAACAGUUAUUUUUAUCGUUGUAUCCUAUGGCUGAGGGCAGAGUUUACAGAUUUGUUAGGGCUUCUGCACAGAAUCUUGGUGUGACUUUGUUGUAAGGCCAAAGGUCCACAUGCAGCUAAGGUGCCCCAGCCCAUGAUGAUAAUGUUUUCUUGUGAGAGCCUAUCCUUCCCAUGUUCCAGCUGAAGCUCUUCCCAUAUCCUUUCAACUGUCUCCAGGAUGAAUGAACUCAGGAUGGACAAGCUCACAUUUCCUGUUGUUAGGUUCCAGAAACCUGAGUUUUGCCUGUCCUGUCACUGACCCAGUUCCUAUUGGACACUGGAGGCAUCAGUGUCAGGGUACUGCAGAUUGGUAUAGGGAAGAGAGUGAAGUGAAGACUCUUCGUGGAGCAAGACUCACACAUCUGAAAACCGGAAGCCACAUCGAGCCCUGGUUUACUUUUAAAGAAACGUAUUUUGCUUCUUCAUACCAUACUUCAAAAAAGAAUGUGAGGCUACCA